ACCCGAUCCAGUCCCAAUCACCCGAUCCAGCUGUGCGCAAGUUACUGGUGUGCCCGGUGCGCGGGCCGCGUACAUCCUGCACAGCCGAACCACAAAGCCCCCCACCCGACCAUGGACCACCAGUCCACCGCAAGGCACACUCCUGUCUCCACCCUGCUCCGCUCUUUGCUCCCGCUCCCGCUCCCGCUCGCCUACGCUACUUGCCGUUCAUCGCCGGCCACAGCCUCUGCCCCCGCCGCUUAGAGUUCGCCUCCGUCGCUGCUGCAGGAGCUAGGGUUUCCGGCGCCGGGCGCCGGGGUAUGAGCAUCCGCCGCCGCCGCCCUGCAGGAUCUAAGGUUUCGACGACUCCGCUCACUGAUGGAGGGUGGUAGAAGGGCGAGCGAGUCCCUCUCGGCAUACACCCAUGGACCAUGACGAUACUGAUUUUCAGAGCCAAAAUUUUCAACUAGCUGGUGUAGGAAGUAGCAAAUUCCCAUCAGGUUUGCGACCAUUUGCACUGCCAAAACUUGAUAUCGAGGACCAACUACAAGGCCAUCUUCGAUUUGAUAAUUUGAUAGAUUCAGAAGCAUUUUUCAGCGUACAAGGGCACGAGAAUAGCUGGAUUGAGGUUCUGUCCACUGGAAGCAGUGUUGUUGAUUUUAGCUCUAGCGCAGCUGAAUCUUGCUCGAUAUCUAAAACUAAUAAUGUCUGGUCAGAGGCAACGUCCACAGAAUCUGUCGAAAUGCUAUUGAAAUCAGUGGGAGGAAAUGAGACAACUGGUAACAUGGACAGUAAUGCUCACCUUCAGUUAAUUGGUAUGGACAGUCAAACUGAUCAAUCGAGUGUUCAUCCUAAAUCUAGUACCUCCCCGACAGAUAGUACUGUAGUGCCAACUGAGAAAGAUCAGUCUUGGAGCACUCAUUCUAGAAUGACUGCUGACCUUUCAAACACUGAGUCUCAGCUUGAACAUUUUGUGCCUUUCUUACUGGACAAGAAAGCUGCGCAGGCAGCAGAUUCUGUUGCUGAGAAGUGCCUUACAGGUGAGAAGUUGUCCUCUUCAAACAACACACCAGGAAGCUGCCCAACUGUUGGCAACUAUUUUGGGGCAGGCCAUGAUGAUAAUUCUUUGGACAAAUUUAAUGUACCCUCAGCUGAAGUAGAUUCAAAGAAAUUGAAUAAUGAAUCUUUCCCAGAGUUGGCUCCCCUGCAGAACAUAUAUACUGAUUCAUAUCACUUCAAGAAAGAUAUUAAAGAAUCUGAGGCUGUUGUUACUCCUCAAGAUUCGAAGUUUUGCCAUAUCAAUGAAAAUAAAGUUGAAGGUGGACUACAAGAACUGCAAAAUUUGUCAUGUGCUGGUCAGUCCUUGGGCGCUGUAAACUUGUCCAGUCCACCAAGCAAUGAAACUCUAUUGUCAAAAAGUUCUGAUGGAUUACUAGAAGCCAUCACAAAUCCAGUUAAGAUGCUGCACAGGAGCGAUGAUACUUGCCAUAAAGUGAACAUCACUCUUCAACCAUCUUUUUUAGCAGUGCAACAUGGAACUGAAGGCCUGAAAAGUUCAGUUCACAGGAGCAAUGAGCUUGUUGUUAAGGAGUUUAGUAUUGGUUCAAAUUCUCUUAUCUCUCACCAAUCUGAGGCAGACCCAAGAAAUUCUAAUCCACAUCCUGUCAGUUCUGUGUCUCCCAAAAGUAAAAUUACCGAUGCCACUUGUGUUCCUGAAGAAACAAACAACACUGAAACGAAUAGUACAAACACCUGCUAUACAUAUGAUGAAUCAAAACAUGUAGUGCUGGAGUACAAUCAAGGUUCUGUUGACAAGCUAAAAAGUGGUGACAUGGGAGAAAAGGCAACUGGGGAGGAAAUACCAGCAGUUUCAGGGAGCAUUGAGCAAAUGAUAGAAAAUUAUCAUGAAGAAAAUGCUACUGGUACAUCCAACAAUAAGGUUGGCCUUUCCGACAGUAUUGCACCUGAAAACUGUGCAGCUGACACUUUGAAUGCUUCAGAGGAACCAAACAGUCCUUCGUUAAAUCAUGAGAGGUCAUUUGAGGAACACGAAUUGCCUGCUUUAGGAGAGGAGCCUAAAAGCACAAAUUUACUCCUUUCUACUUCUGGGUUUCAAGAGAAAAUUUCAGCAUCAGUGAUCAGUUCUAGCAGUGGUGUCAUGCCUACCAUUGUUACUGACAACGUUGCUACUUCUGAGGAUAAUAAUGGUUGUUCAAUAGGUGUUUCUUCUGUUGAUUCUUCUGUUUUACUAGACGAAAAGGAUUUGAGAACGUCCACAGUGAAUAAUGAGGAGCCAUUCAAGGAAGGCACUAAAUCUGCUUUAGGAGAUCAAGAAAACGAUGGUAUUUCUCCUGGCUCUGAACAAGGAGGGGAAAUGCCAGCUGUGCCCAUGGAUUCAAACAUUGCCGUUUAUAGUGAUACUGUUUCUGCUACAGAAAAGGAGAAAUACAAGGACCAUCCUAAUUCUUUGGGUAGUUUGACCACAGGAGGAACCCAGGAUAAAUCAGGUAACCAUCCAGAUGCUCUUUCACUGAAAUGCCAGACUGGUAGAUCUUCAAUACAUACAGAUCUUAUAGAUCCAACCACGGCACCUAUGUUAGGUAUCCCAACUGGAAAGGUGGCUGAAAAGAUAGUAAAAACUCCACUGAAUGCAAGUGAUGAUUUGAAUGCACAUAUGCAAGACAUAGUGUUAAAUCAUGGUACGGAUUGUAGUCCUGGUACUGUGACAUCCCAAGGAAAGGAAGGCUCAAGCUUGCUGGAACCUGGUAAUGGUAUCUGCACUGGGGUUACAUGCGGAUCCCCUUCAGUGAUUAGUUGCGCUGAAUCGUUUCCCCAAGGUGGUGGAAAUGGCAGCAAUGAUUUACUUGAUCACACACUAUGUGGGCAAUCUGAGGAUCCUAAAGACCGUGGGGCCUCAGCUGAUGCUACUCAGAGAUCAAAACAAUGCUGUACCAGAAACAUGAAAUCUGCUCCUGGUUCUGAGGAGACUAGUGCAGCAGGAGGUGAUAGAAGCUUUUCAUUUGAGGUGGGAGCUCCACCCAAUGUUGCUGAGAAAGCACAUAGCUCUGUUUGGAGUCCUUUUCAUUUGAAGAGUACUGAGACGGUCACAGAAAAUCUUCAAGCUGGAAGUUCUUUGAAGGAUACUAGUGAUGAUAGUAAGAAAACAUCUACUAUAGAUGCUUGUAAAGAACAACUAUCAGAAAGGAAAGUGGCUGAAAGUUCUGGGGGCAGCCCCCCAGACAACUCUAAUAUAGGCGGCAGCAUUAAGAGCAGAAGUUCGCCACCGCAGCAGCAUCCAAUCCCUGAGUGUUCUGAUUUAGUGAAUUUUCCAUUCACAGAGGCACAGCAUUUGCAGCUACGCGCACAAAUAUUUGUUUAUGGAGCUCUUAUUCAAGGAACGCCACCAGGAGAGGCUUACAUGGUGGCAGCUUUUGGAGAACCUGUAAGUGGUGGCAAACCUACAUGGGAGGCUGCUUGGCGAGCUGCAUUUGAAAGAUUUCAGUAUCAAAAAUCACUUUGUAUCAGUUUAGAGACCCCCACAAGUUCGCGUAUAGGUAGUACUGUGCCUGAGAAAGCUAGCAAGGGUACAUCAAUUACAUCUGUGCCAGCUAGCAAAAGAGGUGGCAAAAUUGUGGCGCCAGCACAUCCUGCUGUAACCCUACACUCCCCAACUUCUAACAUACCUUUUGGUAGUUCUACAUUUAACCUGCAGCGAGGCACUCAUCUGGAUUUUAGCCAGGCAGUGUCACCAUUUGCAUAUAAUUCACACAUGAGACAUCUGUCUCCCGGUGUUGCCCCCUGGUAUACUCAGAGCCCUGGUCCACGUUCUGCACCCUGGUUGAUUUCACCACAAAACUUAAUAUUUGAUUCAUCGAUGCAACCAGCUAUUCCUACAAAUGAAACUGCAAAUGGGGCGUCAUCCAAAAAUAUAUCCAUUUCACAUACUGUUUCAUCUGGUGUAGUUCUUCCCAGUCCAGCACCUUCUAUUGUUUCUUCUCCAACAGCAGUUGUGAAUGAUGGAAAACAGAAGGCUGUUUCUAGCUCUAAGUGUGGCACCACAUCACAAAAGCCAAGAAAAAGAAAGAAAGCUUCAGUAAGUCCAGAACAGCAACCUGUCAUUGCUUCUCCUCAGCUCAAAAUGGACAUGCCGUCUUUUACUCCUGCCAUUAAGCACACAGCAGGAUUUGCCUUAUCCGGUAGCAAGCUUGUUCCUAAGACGGGUGAGAUUGCCUCUGAACCUAACUACCAGGUCACUGGUGGUAUGGAUAGUGAGCAAAGAAUCAUCUUUUCAGAAAAGAUCCGUUGUGCAGUAGAACAAUCAACUGCACAGGCUAAAGGUGCAAGCCUUGACUCAAUGGAGGCAGUUAAGCACAAGGAAGGCGUAUGGAGCAAUCUAUCCACAAUCUCAAGAAACAAGUUAUCUCCAGAGGUCGAAGAGAAGCUUACCUCAGUUGCAGCAGCUGCUGAAGCAGCAGUUUCUGUUGCAAAGGCAGCUGCAGAAGCUGCCAAGAUGGCGUCAGAGGCUGCAUUGCAGGCGAAAAUAAUGGCAGAGGAAACUCUUAGCUCUUUUACAUCUGUAAUGUCCAUGCAUCACGAAGUUGGUCAAUCUGAUGUCAUUAGUAGUCCACUGAUCUUGUCAAGUUCAACACCAGCAUCAUCCCUGAAAAUUAAGGACAAGAGUCAUGCCCCAGGUUCCAUCAUUUCUGUGGCACGGGAGGCUGCUAGAAAGAGGGUUGAAGAGGCAUCUGCAGCUGCAAAACGUGCUGAAAACUUGGAUGCCAUAUUGAAAGCUGCAGAGCUUGCCGCGGAGGCUGUGUUCAGGGCAGGAACCAUUAUUGGAAUGGGAGAACCACUACCUUUUACCCUAAGAGAGCUUUUGGAAGCAGGGCCAAAUGGCUAUUGGAAGUCUGCAAGUGUAAGGAAUAAAUCUGGAAGUGGUAAUGAUAAUCUAGUAACAGAAACAUUGGAGGUAGAUGCACCUGCUAACCCUAGCAAAUCUGGCAGAAAGCGUGGUCGGAAACCUAAAUAUGAUCAAGCACUACCGAAUUCAGAGCCAUUUUCAAACUGCAAAGAAUUACAGCCAUAUGGAAUACACUCAGGACAUGGGGUUGUAGGAAAUGUUCCUGUCACUGUGCCAAUGGAUGGUACCAAUGUUACAUCACCAAUAAGCAUUGUCUGGAAUGGCAUUGAAAAGGGAUCUGCAGUUGAGGUUUUAUCUGACAAGGUUGGGUUUGGAGUAGCUUGGUUUUCUGCUAAGGUUAUUGAUAUAAAUGAAAAUAAUGCUUUUGUCAGCUAUGACAACCACAAUGGAACUGGUCCUCGUGAAGAAUGGGUGCCAUUGAGACAAGAGGGGGAUAAGCCGCCUCAGAUACGUCUUGCACACCCUGCUACCCUCUCCAAAUUCAAAACUAGGAAACGGCGCAGGGAAACAGCAGGCAGUUGUUUAUGGGUCAUUGGAGAUCAUGUAGACGCAUGGGUCAAUAAUUGCUGUUGGCGAGAGGGAGUUAUUUCUCAGAAUUAUGAGACUGACGAGACGAAAUAUGUUGUACAUUUUUCAGUUGGAGGUGGUGGUGAAUCCUUAGUAGUUGAUGCUUGGAGUCUUCGUCCAUCACGUGUUUGGAAAGAUGUUCAAUGGAUAGAGUGGUCCCGUGCAAGAGAAAGGAAAUCCAAGUCUAAUAAGGGCGAUUCACCUCUUGAGAAACGCCAAAAGACAGACUUGCUUCAAGCAGGUGGCAAUCUAUCUGUUGUUGACGAAACGGGAGGAUCUUCAAAGGACAAGAAUACAAACAAUGCAAAAAAAUCGGAUGAACUAAAGACAUUGUCUUUGUCUCAGGGGGAAAUUGUUUUCAACAUUGGGAAGAGUGUAGUUGAGAACAAAUCUGAUGCUCUUGCAUUCAAACGGCCUGGAUUACAGAAAGAAGGAUCAAAGGUUGUCUAUGGUGUUCCAAAACAUGGAAAGAAGAAGUUUAUGGAAGUAAGCAAACAUUAUUACGCAGGCCAGUUUGACAAGAUUUCUGAGGGUAAUGCAUCUAACAGAUUUGUGAAACAUCUGGUGACGCAAUUGCCAAGGGAACGUGAAAAUGAUUCCAAAGUUGAUCCUAUUAGAGGAAGGAGAGUGGGUGAGACGAGGUCUAGAUUACCUAAACCUACGAAGUCUCAGAGCGUUCGAGCUAGCAGUGCUCCUGGAAAUGAUUCCUUCCCCAUGCAUGUUCAGAAUACUUGUGUUUCUCAAAGGAGUUUUGGUUUUGCGGGAAGUUCGACAAGCACUUCCAACAAUGAAAAGUCCACUUCAGAAAAAAAUAAUCCUGCGCUUGGUGUGGGCUUUAGAACUGAAGUUCCUUCUGUUUCUGAACUGCAAACUGCAUCUACUGUUCCUACUAAUCGAGCUAAAAAGAAAUACAUUCCCACUGUUAGCAACAUAAACAGAAGUAUACUCAAUACCUCUGAAAAGGCAAAUUCUGAUUCUGGUGAACCCCGAAGGACUACUUCUGAUUCUACCGAACCCAGACGGUCUAACAGGCGAAUUCAACCAACUUCAAGGUUGCUAGAGGGAUUGCAAAGUUCCCUCAUAAUCUCUAAAGUUCCUGGCGAGAAGGUUCCUAGGAGCAAUUACAAAAGUGCAUCGUCAAGAGGGAGAGCUCAAUCUCAUGGUUGAGUGAAGGCACCACAUAGCUACCUUUUGUGGGAUACCUCUCGUUGUACAUAGCUGCAGCCUUCUAGUACGGAAGCAGGAUAGGAUUGGAGUAGGAAGUCUUCAUUGGAGCACAAGGAUUCGGAUGUAUUAUAAACUAGCUUAAGUGAAUUCUGUUAACCUUUUCUUUUACUUGCCUGAAUCAGACUUUUCCGUGUUGUAGAAUAGUCAUUAAUAUCGUAGAAACCUCCUUUUAGUAUGUGUGGGUACACCGGGAAAGAAAUUGGGUGUGGUUUAAAUUUAUCCGAUAAUUUAACAUGUGCUGUAGCCUGUGAAAGACAAUUUGGUUUGCCAGCGUCGUUUGAUCAUUCAUUCCUUUUC